GUGGGAGCACGCCGGAGCGCGGGAAGCGACCCUGCGGCGGCGGUUGCUUCUCACCUUUCCUCAGUCGCGGAGGUUCGGUCUCCUGGGUAAGUAGAGGAAAAGAUGCCUGCCACACAGAAGCCAAUGCGAUAUGGACACACAGAGGGACACACAGAUGUCUGUUUUGAUGAUUCUGGGAGUUGUAUUGUGACUUGUGGAAGUGAUGGUGAUGUGAGGAUUUGGGAAGACUUGGAUGAUGAUGAUCCUAAGUCCAUUAAUGUUGGAGAAAAGGCAUAUUCAUGUGCUUUGAAGAAUGGGAAAUUGGUUACUGCAGUAUCUAACAAUACUAUUCAGGUGCACACAUUUCCUGAAGGAGUUCCAGAUGGUAUCUUGACUCGCUUCACCACAAAUGCAAACCAUGUGAUCUUUAAUGGGGAUGGUACAAAAAUUGCUGCUGGAUCUAGUGAUUUUCUAGUCAAAGUUGUGGAUGUGAUGGAUUGCAGCCAACAGAAAAUGUUUCGAGGACAUGAUGCCCCUGUUUUAAGUCUUUCCUUUGAUCCUAAGGACAUCUUUCUGGCAUCAGCUAGUUGUGAUGGAUCUGUCAAAGUGUGGCAAAUUUCAGAUCAGACAUGUGCUGUUAGUUGGCCACUGCUACAAAAAUGCAACGAUGUGAUAAACGCAACAUCAAUCUGCAGACUUGCCUGGCAGCCAAGAAGUGGGAAGUUAUUGGCAGUUCCUGUGGAGAAAUCUGUUAAGCUGUAUAGAAGGGAAACUUGGAGUAAUCAAUUUGAUCUUUCAGAUAAUUUCAUCUCUCAGACCCUGAAUAUAGUAACCUGGUCUCCUUGUGGACAAUAUUUAGCUGCAGGAAGUAUUAACGGUUUAAUUAUAGUUUGGAAUGUGGAAACCAAAGAUUGCAUGGAAAGGGUGAAAAAUGAGAAAGGUUAUGCAAUCUGUGGCCUGUCAUGGCAUCCCACUUGUGGUCAAAUAGCUUAUACUGAUGCAGAAGGAAAUCUGGGACUCCUGGAGAAUGUUUGUGACCCCAGUGGAAAGAUGUCAAGCAGUAAGGUAUCUAGCAGAGUGGAAAAGGAUUACAGUGAUCUUUUUGAUGGAGAUGAUAGAAGUAAUGCUGGUGAUUUUCUAAAUGACAAUGCAGUCGAAAUGCGCUCUUUUUCAAAAGGGAUUAUCAAUGAUGAGGAAGAUGAUGAUGACCUCAUGCUGGCUUCAGGUCGUCCUAGACAGCGAAGUCACAUCCUAGAUGAUGAUGAAAAUUCAGUUGAUGUUACAAUGCUAAAAAAUAGUUCCAGUCUUCUCAAAGAGGAGGAGGAAGAUGAUCAGGCAGGCGGCAUUCAAAAUCUACCACUUUUAACAUCUCAGAAGCCAUUUUAUAAUGGUCCUAUGCCAACUCCCCGGCAAAAGCCAUUCCAGUCAGGUUCUACACCCUUGCAUCUCACUCACAGAUUCAUGGUAUGGAACUCUAUUGGAAUUAUUCGCUGCUAUAAUGAUGAGCAAGACAAUGCCAUAGAUGUGGAGUUCCAUGAUACCUCCAUACACCAUGCAACACACUUAUCAAACACUUUGAAUUAUACAGUAGCAGAUCUUUCCCAUGAAGCUAUUUUGUUGGCAUGUGAGAGCACUGAUGAACUAGCAAGCAAGCUUCACUGCCUGCACUUUAGUUCUUGGGAUUCAAGUAAAGAGUGGAUAGUAGACAUGCCUCAAAAUGAAGAUAUUGAAGCCAUAUGUCUUGGUCAGGGUUGGGCUGCUGCUGCCACUAGCACCUUGCUUCUUCGCUUGUUUACCAUUGGAGGUGUUCAAAAAGAGGUGUUCAGUCUUCCUGGGCCUGUGGUGUCAAUGGCAGGACAUGGAGAACAGCUUGUCAUUAUUUAUCAUAGAGGUACAGGAUUUGAUGGUGAUCAGUGUCUUGGAGCUCAACUGCUGGAGCUGGGGAAAAAGAAAAAACAAAUUUUACAUGGUGAUCCUCUUCCUCUUACAAGGAAAUCCUACCUUGUAUGGGUUGGAUUUUCAGCUGAAGGUACCCCAUGUUAUGUGGAUUCGGAAGGCAUUGUUCGAAUGCUCAACAGAGGACUUGGUAAUACAUGGACUCCCAUAUGUAACACAAGAGAACACUGCAAAGGAAAAUCUGAUCACUACUGGGUGGUUGGUAUCCAUGAAAAACCCCAGCAGCUGAGGUGCAUUCCUUGCAAAGGUUCUCGGUUUCCUCCAACCCUUCCACGCCCUGCUAUAGCUGUAUUAUCCUUUAAGCUUCCUUACUGUCAGACUGCCACUGAGAAAGGACAAAUGGAGGAACAAUAUUGGCGUUCAGUUAUGUUUCACAACUACCUUGAUUAUUUAGCUAAAAAUGGUUAUGCAUAUGAAGAGAGCACUAAAAAUCAAGCAAUAAAAGAACAACAGGAACUUUUAAUGAAAAUGCUUGCGCUUUCUUGUAAACUGGAGCGAGAAUUUCGUUGUGUGGAACUUGCUAAUCUAAUGACUCAGAAUGCUGUGAAUUUAGCCAUUAAAUAUGCUUCUCGUUCUCGGAGAUUAAUAUUGGCCCAGAGACUUAGUGAACUGGCUGUCGAGAAGGCAGCAGAAUUGGCAGCAACCCAAGCUGAAGAGGAGGAGGAAGAAGAAGAGGAUUUCAGAAAAAAGUUGAAUGCUGGUUACAGUAAUACUGCUACAGAAUGGAGUCAGCCAAGGCUCGGAAAUCAAGCUGAAGAAGAUACAGAAGACAGUGGAGAAGCUGAUGAUAUAGAAGAAAAACCAGAAACACACAAUCACGGACAAAAUUCAUUUUUUAAAAAUGCAAAUUCCUCUGAUGUGCUAGCUAUUAAGUCAGGUGCAGUUACCUCUAGCAACCAAGGACGAAUAAACCCCUUCAAGGUAUCAGGCAAUUCCAAAGAGCCAGCCAUUUCAGGGAAUUCAGUACGUUCAACUAAUAUUUUAGACAGUAUGAAUAAAUCAUCCAAGAAGUCUACUGCACUUAGUCGAGCUACAAAUAAUGAAAAGUCUCCAGUUAUAAAGCCUCUGAUUCCAAAGCCAAAGUCUAAACAGGCUUCUGCAGCAUCCUUUUUCCAGAAAGGAGCUUCCAAAGCUGAUAAGACUGAGGAAGUGAAGGAAGAAAAUUCUGAAAAUUCAUCAUCUGAAACCCCACCUGUGUGUCCUCAAAACACUGAAAACCAAAGGCCAAAGACUGGGUUCCAGAUGUGGCUGGAAGAAAACAGAAGUAAUAUUUUGUCUGACAAUCCUGACUUUUCAGAUGAAGCAGACAUAAUAAAAGAAGGAAUGGUUCGAUUUAGAGUAUUGUCAACUGAAGAGAGGAAGGCAUGGGCUGCAAAGGCCAAAGGAGAAACUGUAAGUGAUGGAGCUGAAGCAAAGAAGCGAAAACGUGUGGUGGAUAGAAGUCGUGAAACUGAAAACCAGACAGAAAAGGCAAAGGAGAAUCUUAAUUUGCCUAAAAAGCAAAAACCUUUAGAUCUUUCUACGAAUCAGAAACUGUCAGCUUUUGCAUUUAAGCAGGAAUAGAGUAAGGGAGUGAACUUAGGAAGGUAAUAGUUUUUUUUACUCAUCUUUGAUGAAUCUGGGCCUUUUAAAAAAAUCUUUAGGAAACUCAUUACAUAUUUUUAAAAGCAUUUAAAGACUACAGUUUGUCUUUAUAAGAUAAUGUAGUAAUUAUCCUGGUGUAGGGAACAGGGCAUGUAUAAAAAGUAUCAUCUUUGCAGAUUGCCCUGCCUCCAGAUGGAGGGCCAUUCAGAAGCAUUGUGAUUGUGGUCACUGACUUGGGGCCACUGGCAUGUCCCAUUGGAAGCCAGUUUGAUUUUGUUUCUUACCUUCAAAAUCAUCAAAGCCAGGGUCUUAUAACCUCUGAGUGUUGAAUUGCCUUCUAGGGUUUUCCUCAUUUGGUUUACGUAAUGUACUGGGAAGUACUGCAAUAGUCCUUUUCCGAAGUGUGUUACCAUAGACUGCUCUCUGUGUCUGUACUGGACCUAGGGGACCAUGUAUUUUUUAAUAUGGGCCCUAAACAUGUAAAUAAUUUUGCAAAUAAGACCUUUUGUUUGUUUUGGCAGUGUCUUCAUGUAUAGCUUUGAGUUGUUUGUGUAGCCUGAUUUUUUAAAAAUAAAACUUUCACAUUUCCAUA